AUUUAAUGACACUCUUUCUGUUUGUUGGUUGACUUAUGCUAUAGGUUGAUUGCUCAUUACACUGUAUGAUGUUUGUUACAUAAAUUGUUGACUUAUCAUAGUGGUUUUUUUAUUUUUAUCAGCCAGUGGUUGUUGUUUGAAAAAAAAAGGCUUAUUUUACAGCAGUUGGACUAGGAGGGUAUGGAGGCCCAAGCCAUGAGCGCAUGAAGUAUGCAAAUGAAAAAUGAUUUUUAUUUUUGGAGUUGGGUAGGUUCCUUGCUUGACUAUAGGUUUUUGGAUUUUGGUGUUGGAUGGCAUGAAGCGGAAGGGUGGGCGGCGAACAUGGUGCUGCUCCUUGGCAAUCCCUCCGUUGAGCCCCGAAGUCAGACAUUCCAAACCCAAACCCACCGUUUCGCUCCCAAACUCUCCCCACACUGUCAAAUCCGCUUUCCCCAUCGUCGCCCGGAUCUUGUCGCCGGGGAGAGUCUCUCCCAUUGACAACGAUCCCGCCCCCGCCGCCUCCAACCUCCGAUCCAACACCUUCCGCGCUCCCUCCCCGCCGGAGCCGCUGGAGGUCAGGCUGAACGUGCGAGGGAGGGACGGCGGGAGCGUCGUGCUGGAGGUUGACGCGGAGGUUCUGGGGGCGAACUCGGAGGUGUUUGCGGGUUUGAUAGCUGAUUGCAAGCGAGGUGGUGGUGGAGCCACCAUGGAGGUGGAGAACUUGGGUGUCUUCACUGACACUAUUCAGCUUAUGUUUGAAGAUGAGGAUCGCAUCACCAAGAGCCUCCUCAACUAUGGCGUUUAUCGCUCCAUUCACAUUUUGGAGGUUUCAGCUGGAAUUAUGUUCACUAAGGGCGUUCAUUGCUGUUUGAAGUACCUUGAGGCGGUUCCUUGGACUGAGGAGGAAGAAGAGAAAUUGAGGAGCUUGUUCUCAAGAUUUGAGUUCGAUGAUGCAACAACAAGAGACAUCUUAGGAAGACUAUACUUGCAUGACUCGGUAAAUUCCCAGCCAAACGUGGCCCAACAACUUGUUUGGUCUAUCAGCACUUGUGAGGAUGCAAAUGCCAGAAAUGAAAUGAAGUCACUAGUCAGGGGUCUUCUUUGUAAAAGCUCUGUGUAUGAGAAGAACCAUCGUGAUCUUAGCAAGAAGGAUCUAUAUGCUGUAUGCAACUCGUGCCUAGGUUCACUUAUCAGUCUCUUUGAGGAGGCAUCUGGCACCACUCCUCCUGAAAGGUUGAUGAAGAAAGAUGUGAGCAAGCCUCUAAUUGAGCGAAUAUCAAAACAAGUUGAUAACAUCAACUGGUUGCUGGAGAUUAUGCUUGAUGGGCAAGUGGCAGAGGACUUUGUGGACAUUUGGACACAUCAGCAACAACUUCUUAAAAUGCAUGACAUUGCGUCCCCUAUGAUCAGAUAUGAACUCAGUAGAGUGUCAGCAAUCCUAUUUGUUGCUAUGGGAACAAGAAAACUCCAAUGCCCUUUGGAAGCUAGAUCAGGGCUUCUCCAAGUAUGGUUUGGACCUAUGCUAUUGGACUUUGGUUGGCUUCAGAGAUGCAGAAAAGGGCUUGAUAUGAAGGCCUUGGAAGAGGCUAUGGGGCAGACACUUCUUACUCUACCUUUGAAGCAGCAGUAUGUGCUAUUUAUGGAAUGGUUUCGGCAUUUCUCAAGACAUGGCACUGAAUGCCCAAAUAUGAGCAAGGCAUUCCAAAUUUGGUGGCGCCGAUCAUUUUUAAGAGGCUCUGAGACUUAUGCCGUUGAAUCAAGAUGAAUGAUGGUACUGUGGUUUGUCAUUUCUAGUGUGUGUAGAGUUGGAAUUAAGUGAGAGAUUCUGAAUUAUUUGAACCGAAUAACGUAGAUAAGUAGGAUCAUUAUCUUACCAGCUUCAUGACUAACUCUUAUCAAAUUGUUGUUGUGGACAAAAAAAUGGAUUUUGGAUUCAUUCAAUGCUGAUUGCUGAGAAGAUAUUCCAGCUGGAAGAGGGAUGUGUUAAUAUAGCAAACCAACCUCAACCUGCAUUGAGUCAAGAGCUGUGACUAGAUUGUAUUUCUAAUAAUAUAUUUAUUUUUAAGAUUUGUACCCAAUCAUUUGUUGAGAUAAGUUAUGAGAGAUAGGUAUGAAGAUGGCGUAUA